GCAAGAUUGAGAGGAGAUCUAGAACGCAGCUGGGUGGCCGGGUGGCUAACGGGGAGGAGCUAGCGACAAGUCGGGUUACUGACAAGAUUGAGCGGCAGCGUGAUUGCCUCGGCGCAGGGGUGUGCGGCUGUCGGGGUUUCUCGUGCGACGCUGGUGCCGUAGCCGGGUGGGUGACGUGUGCUGUGACUGACGUUGCGCGAGAGUACGCAGGGCUUCGCCAGUUGUACGUUCGUUAGCAACCGUCGUGAGUCGUUGCCACCAUCUCAGAGGAGCUGCAAGGGUGCGCGAACAGAAAACAUGGACAGAAUUCAAAGAAUCUUUUCUAGCGCGGGGGGAGGUGGUGCUGGGGGCAUGCAUGGUCCCCAGCCCGACUCACCUCUGGUGGACACGUCGGAGCAGGUGUACAUCUCCUCUCUUGCGCUUCUGAAGAUGCUGAAGCACGGACGAGCUGGAGUUCCCAUGGAGGUGAUGGGAUUGAUGCUGGGCGAGUUCGUGGAUGACUAUACCGUCAAAGUUGUGGAUGUGUUCGCGAUGCCGCAGAGCGGGACGGGGGUGAGCGUAGAGGCGGUGGACCCUGUCUUCCAGACGAAGAUGUUGGAUAUGCUGAAGCAGACUGGGAGGCCAGAGAUGGUUGUUGGGUGGUACCAUUCGCAUCCUGGAUUUGGAUGCUGGCUUUCUGGCGUUGACAUCAACACGCAACAGAGUUUUGAGGCUCUGAACCAGCGGGCAGUUGCUGUGGUCGUGGACCCAAUCCAGAGUGUGAAAGGGAAGGUGGUAGUAGAUGCUUUUCGGCUGAUCAAUCCGCAGACGAUGAUGCUCGGCCAGGAACCGCGACAAACAACGUCUAAUCUUGGGCACCUGAAUAAGCCGUCAAUCCAGGCAUUGAUUCAUGGACUGAAUCGGCAUUACUAUUCGAUUGGAAUAAAUUAUCGAAAGAACGAGUUGGAGGAGAAGAUGCUGUUGAACCUUCACAAAAAGUGGUGGGCCAGUGGACUCACAUUGGAGCGAUUCCAUCAACACAGCCAGAUGAAUGAGAAGACCAUCCAGGAGAUGCUGGACUUGGCGCAAAGAUAUAACAAAGCGGUGCAGGAGGAAGAUAGCUUGCCACCGGAGAAGCUGGCAAUCGCAAAUGUAGGCAGGCAAGACGCUCGGCGGCACCUAGAGGAGAACGUCUCGCACUUGAUGGCCUCCAAUAUCGUCCAGACGCUCGGAACGAUGCUUGACACGGUUGUAUUUUGAUUUGCAAUGUGUGUGUGUGUGUGUGCGUGUGUGUGUGUGUGUGUGUGUGUGUGUGUGUGUGUGUGUGUGUGUGAAAGAAUAGCAGGGAAUGUGGUUUCUUCAGGCACAGGUUUUGACAGAGCAUGUUUAGGUGGAGACUCUACUUGAAUAUUUAGGUAAGACCUAUAGGUGGUGAGGCCUAAACAAGCUUCUUCAGGUACAGGUUCUUGCUUGUGUUUCGGUAUGUAGAGGAAGGAGGAAUGGGGAAGAGUGGGUUCUUAGAACCUUGCUGUUUAAGAAAGCACAUGUCCUGUGUCUUUUGCGGCGGGUUAGUGACUUUGUUACGUAAAGAUGGGAAUGCAUUUGUGACGAGUUUGAUGUCGGCAAUCGGUCAGUUGCUUACCGGAAACGAUCCAGAAGAAGCGUGCAUGGGAUGGUCGUUUCACGAGUCGUCCAUCUUUCGUUUUGUUUUGGUGUGCGCUUUUCGGCCGCUCGCUCAUCCCGUUUUGUGUUUGUUCUUUCAACUGUAAUCGCCACCUCUUUUCACCAGGGUGUGUGUUUUUCUUUCAUCUGCAAGUGUCACCUCUUUCCGCUGUGGAAUUGCGUAUGUGUGUCAGACCAGUGGACGGGGCGCUUCGCAGGGACUCUCAAGGUUUUCUUAGAAUGUUUUAAGGUUUACCAGCCGAGGGCUCUUUUCUUUUGAUCAACUGGCGUCUUCGGCCGUGCAAUGUAAAACUCGAAUUUACAUCGCACGGCCAGCGUUGGGCUGCAUCGGUGUUCUUGUGGUCCGAGCUGCGUCGGUGUUCUUGUGGUCUGAGAGUCUGCCACAUUAGCAAG